CUGGGGCGGCGGCGGCGGCGCGGUGACGUCAGGGCGUUGGGGCAGCUCCUGUGACAGACAGAGCUGGAGCGGCGGGGCGGCGGCGGAGCCCGGCGGCCGAGAUAGCGAGUGAGCGAGCGAACGAGCAGCGACCCGGGGUCUAGGGAGCGAGAAGGAGAAGGAGGGGAGCGCUCGCGCGCGAGCCAGAGAAACCGCGAGCGCCGGGCUUGGGCUCGAGCCCCGGAACGGCUGAGGAGCCCGCCCGCUCCCCUCCCCUCCCCCUCCCCGGGUCCGGGCCCAGCGCGCCAUCCUCCCCCUCCCUCCUUCCCUCCCUCCCUCCUUCCUCCCUUCCCUCUCCCUCCCCCCCUCCCCCGCCGGUGGAUGGGAGUGAAGGACGGAAGAGGCCCUGCGGAGGCGGCAGUGCAGCGCUCCGGUGGAAUGACCCUUACUUGUUGAGUAUCUCCUGGUUACUGGUUGGAUUCACUUGUAAAAGAAUCAUUUUCCUCUGCGUGGAAGCCACUUUGUGGCAUAUUUAAUUAUAUAGCCACAGAUUGAAAAGCUUUUUGAUUUCCCAAAGGAGGGACAUACCACUAUAUUCGAUAAGCUUCACAUUUCAGCCAAAAUGGUGCUGUCCCAGAGACAACGAGAUGAACUAAAUCGAGCUAUAGCAGAUUAUCUUCGUUCAAAUGGCUAUGAAGAGGCAUACUCAGUUUUUAAAAAGGAAGCUGAAUUAGAUAUGAAUGAAGAAUUAGAUAAGAAGUAUGCUGGUCUUUUGGAGAAAAAAUGGACAUCUGUUAUUAGAUUACAAAAGAAGGUCAUGGAAUUAGAAUCCAAGCUAAAUGAAGCAAAAGAAGAAUUUACAUCGGGUGGACCGCUUGGUCAGAAACGAGACCCAAAAGAAUGGAUUCCCCGUCCACCAGAAAAAUAUGCAUUGAGUGGUCAUAGGAGUCCAGUCACUCGAGUCAUUUUCCAUCCUGUUUUCAGUGUUAUGGUCUCUGCUUCAGAGGAUGCUACAAUUAAGGUAUGGGAUUAUGAGACUGGAGAUUUUGAACGAACUCUUAAGGGACACACAGACUCUGUACAGGACAUUUCAUUUGACCACAGUGGCAAGCUACUGGCUUCUUGUUCUGCAGAUAUGACUAUUAAACUAUGGGAUUUUCAGGGCUUUGAAUGCAUCAGAACCAUGCACGGCCACGACCAUAAUGUUUCUUCAGUAGCCAUAAUGCCCAAUGGAGAUCAUAUAGUGUCUGCAUCAAGGGAUAAAACUAUAAAAAUGUGGGAAGUGCAAACUGGCUACUGUGUGAAGACAUUCACAGGACACAGAGAAUGGGUACGUAUGGUGCGGCCAAAUCAGGAUGGCACUCUGAUAGCCAGCUGUUCCAAUGACCAGACUGUGCGUGUAUGGGUCGUAGCAACAAAGGAAUGCAAGGCUGAACUCCGAGAACAUGAGCAUGUGGUAGAAUGCAUUUCCUGGGCUCCAGAAAGCUCAUAUUCUUCCAUCUCCGAAGCAACCGGAUCUGAGACUAAAAAAAGUGGCAAACCUGGGCCAUUCUUGCUGUCUGGAUCCAGAGACAAGACUAUUAAGAUGUGGGAUGUCAGUACUGGCAUGUGCCUUAUGACCCUUGUGGGUCAUGAUAACUGGGUACGUGGAGUUCUGUUUCAUUCUGGGGGGAAGUUUAUUUUGAGUUGUGCUGAUGACAAGACCCUACGUGUGUGGGAUUACAAGAACAAGCGAUGCAUGAAGACCCUCAAUGCGCAUGAACACUUUGUUACCUCCUUGGAUUUCCACAAGACGGCACCCUACGUGGUUACUGGCAGUGUAGAUCAAACAGUAAAGGUGUGGGAGUGCCGUUGAUUCUCAUUUGGCCCCUCCUCCCUUUUUUCCUCUGGAUGCACUCUGAUGAUACCAUGGUUACCCCAUUGAGCUCUGUUUAAAUAAAUAUUGUCCUUUCAUGUAAAUUAUUCUGGAUGUAGAUUGAGCUUAUUAAAUGUUACACACAAAGUAUUCAUGCAUGGUGAAUCCAAAUUGUAUACUGUAAAUUUACAUAUGUUGUCUAGAAGUACCAUAGGUUUUAAAACCUGGGCUGGCAUUGGUCACACCAGGCCUAAGAAGGCAGAAGCUGAAUAAAUUGAGCUAGGGCACUAAACUGAAUAGUUGACAGUGUCAUUUUAUGUUGGAUUAUUAAUUCCUGUUUUUCUUUCUGCUGUCUGUUGGUGCCUGACUUGAUGGCCUCAUUUGGGGGGAAGUGGUGGUUAUUAGGGCUUUUUCUGAAAUGUGUAUCUAUGUAACAUCACUUAAGUGUGCUUAAUAAAUCUUUAAGGAUGUUAGAUAAUAAGGCUACAAUUCAAAAAUCUUCUGAACCAUCUAUGUAAUUAAUGGGGAUUACACAUUGGAAUUUUUGUCAUGACACAUUUGCCAAAUCAAUAGGAUACAUUUGUUUUGGCAGCCUAUCAAGCAAAGGCUAGUGGUAUAUUUAUGUAAGAAAAUGACUGUAAAUCUCAAGAAAAAUCUCAGCAGCUAAUAGCAACUCAUCUAUUUCAUUUGGGUCUUAAUGCUUUGUAAACAGGUUAAAAAAUACUGUCAUAUUCUAAGCUUCUAUUUUCCACACUAGACAUACUUCUAGUUGUAUUUCCAUACUGUUAGACUGUAUAGUGAUGUGACUUCCAAGUAGAAUUUAAUCUUCCCAUUGAGUAUGUCAUGGUACAAAUCACUAUUUGUUUUUGAUGUUUUUUAGGGAUGUGCAAUGUGCAUUACAUAAUGACAGAAACAUUGAAAAGGUUUUGUGUGCCCAUUUUAAUGGAGUGGGAGAAAUAACAGCAGUUGGCAGUUUGCUUUUCAAUAUGAAUCUGAUAUUGAUUUGAACUGUUUCACUUACAAGUUAAAAAAAUGACAGGGUUUAAUGGAGUGUGAAUAACAAUGUACUGUGUUUUCACCUUUUUUAUAUAUAUAAAUGUUUAUAAGUAUAUGGGCCUAUCUAUAAGUGGAUACGUCUGUAUGUGUAUGUCACACACAUCAACCUCCAUGUCCUUGGUCCUGGGUUUUUGAAGAAGUGCUAAAAUGGACAAGUAGAAUAAAUCUUGCUGUGGAAUGCCAUGCUUUAGAACAAACCCUUCUUUUUGAUCCUAAUGCUUCUGAAAACUAGGUCUGACUCUGUUGGAAUUUCUUCCAUUGGAAGGGAAAUCAUUUCUGUUUUUUCCCCCUCUAAUUUGGCUGUUCAGCAUUUUACACAUCCCAGAUAUAUUGUAUAUUUUGAUCCAAAGUUACUACAAGUAGGUUUAAGAGAACUUUUAUCCAUGACUUUUGGAACACUAUUCCAUUGUCAAUUAUUAAUAAGGAAUUCCACUGCUUAGCUAACCAACAGGUUUGUGUGAGUGUGUGUGUGUGUGUGUGUGUGUGUGUGUGUUUUAAGAAAGUCAUUUGAAAAGUUAACAGAACUAUGAAAUAGUGACAGUUUAACAAAGGUAAAUUUAUUCUGAAUUUCAUUUUAUUCAUUGUGUAAUAUGUGAUUUUUAAAAAUGUGUCCCUUUUAGUAUUUAAUGGAAAUUUGAUUCCUGAAAAAGACAAAGGGUGAGAGUUAACAUCUUGUAGAUACAUGCACAGAGACUAGGCCACAUAUUAACUAGAAGCAGCUUUAUGUCUAACUUGUGUCUUUUUGUUUGUUUGUUUUUAAUAAUUUCUGAUAGCUGUCUCUGGAAGGGAAAGUGUUUUGAGAACUAAUGGCUAUUCUUGAGGACAAAAAUUACAUCUUUAGCUAAUUUCUUAAAUCCUGUAGAUGAAUUUUCAGGACAAUAUUGCCUCACAACCCUGCUUACAUUGAGAAAUCUUCUUUCCCCUUAGCUCUUCUGACUGGAUUUUUCUACAGAAACUAUGGAAAAUAUCUUUGUUCUUGUUUGCUGCUAUUUUCUGUCCUAUUUUGAGAAAUAUAAAUACAUAGAAAUGGUGCAUCUUAACAUUUGUUUGUACAUGUAUAAAUGUCUUGUAUUUUAAUUCAUUUUUAGCAUGAAUUGCUUAAGGGUAAGCCACAACAUCUAGAAAUCACUCAUAGAUAUGAACAAUAAAGGAAAAAAUGGUACCGAUGUAGGAGGAAACAUUGGUUUCUUCCCCUGCAGCAUAGAGUGACUUGUGACAAAGGAGGAGAAACAAUUACUCUGUAAACAAAGUUAUCCUUACUUGGGAGAUUGCCACAGCCUGCUGCUUAGUUGAGUUACCAGACAUCCUCCAUUUAAGAAGCAGCAAACAUUGAAUCUCAGGGAUGGUCCACAACUGGAUCCAAGUGUAACAAGCCCUGUUUGAAUAAUGAAGGGGGGUUGGGGGAGAGCAAUCCACCUACAGUCUGGAAUCAGAUUGGCAAUGGUUUCCUGCACUGUUGUCUGACACUGCCCUGUUGAUGCCCUUUCUGACUGUGUUCUCCAUUUUCUCUGUCUGCUGUCUGACCCUGUGCCUUGCCUGGGAUAAGGACAAUGAUGAGGUUACUGGUUUGGAUUGUAAGUAGAGGACUUUAUUAAUUGGUUUAGAGGUUCACUGCUGCUUUGUCACUUUCUCAGUCAAAUUGGCCAUUUAUUUAAGAAAUAAAAAGCUGAUAGAAUUGCAUCCUCAAAUGAUUAUUGACUUUGUGUGUGUGUGAAAACAGACAUUCCAGUGCCACCCUAAUAUAAUGUGCCCAAGAAAUCCUAGCUGCACUUGUGAGAGUGCAAGCCACGGAAACUGUGGUGUAGUCAUCACUUGGAGACUAGUUGCUUGUUGACAUGGCAUCUUGCACUUUAGGAGACUAAGACCGUCCUGUUUUGUCUAUGUGUGGUGUGACCAGUGGUGUGCCCGGAGCACUACUCAGACUCACUAGUGUUAGCAAGUGGUCCCACGCUGGGGAGCACUCGCUGUAGUCUUUUGGAAGCUUUGGCUCUAGAUUCACCAAGCCCAGUCUCCUGUCAGUGCUCUGCUCUCCUGUUUGCCUCUUUCUGUUUCUGUGUGAACUUCCCAGUAAUAUCACUAAAUAGUUUUUUCUAACUUUAUUUAAAGAAAAGCUAUUUGAAAGUAAAGGAUAUUUUGUUUGUUGACAGUGGUGGCUUGAUAAUCUGAAGUUAAAAUUGUUGAAGAAAAAGGCACUUAACAUGGUUAUUCUUUCUGUCCAGCUGUAUAUAAGUCCAAUGUGUUGAUUAAUCUAGGUGAUGCAAAGAAGAAUCUCCUGGUAGAGAAGCGACAUGUACAAAAUCAGUGGGAAAAGGUUUUGGUUUUAUUUCCAGUAGGGUGGGGGGAGGGCAAGCUGGAUUUACAAGUCACACCUGGACUGAAUGGGCCUUUCUGUCUUUCCACUGUAUCAUGGAAGUAGCUGCUUUCUUGUCCUGCCUAUCCUUCAGGCAUCCCUAAAGCUCACUCUGCUGAAGAGUUCAAAACGAAAUCUUCAAGUUAGAAGUUAUCCCGACGUUGACAUGAAGGCAAGCAUUGAUUUCGUAUGAACGUUGCAGAGGUGGUAAUUGAGAAAACAGUUCCCCAGAUUGUAAGAGUUAACUGAAGAUAUUGACACAAUUUAAAAAAAUCAGUAAAGGAAUGUAUAUAAUAUUGCUCUUGUGUUUUACAGUAAGAUUUGUUGCUCUCAGACUGUGUAAAACAAAAUUUAUUCAUGUUUUCUGCAUAUUAAAAAAUCUUAUUGUACCAAUUGGUAAACUAUUAAAUGCCUAUAAAACUA